GUGUUUAACUCUAUUAUGUGGUCUAUUUGUCCCUCAGGGUCAGGGUACCCGUAUGUUCUCCCAGCUCCAGACAAGGACUUUGUCUCCGUCUGCACGGUGCGCUGUCAGAAGUUCCUGAUCUCGCGGGUCGGGGAGGACUGGAUCUUCCUCAUCCUGCUGGGACUCCUCAUGGCCCUGGUCAGCUGGGUGGUGGACUUCUGCAUCGCCAUCUGUCUACAAGCACAGAAGUGGAUGUACGGCGGUCUGGACAGUAACGUGUUCCUGCAGUAUCUGGCCUGGGUCACGUACCCCGUGGUCCUCAUCACCUUCUCUGCCGGCUUCACUCAGAUCCUCGCCCCCCAAGCUGUCGGGUCCGGCAUUCCAGAGAUGAAGACCAUCCUGAGAGGAGUCGUGCUGAAGGAAUACCUGACCUUCAAAACCUUCGUGGCCAAGGUCAUCGGCCUCACCUGCGCUCUGGGCAGCGGCAUGCCGCUGGGCAAAGAGGGUCCGUUCGUGCACAUCGCCAGUCUGUGCGCCGCUCUGCUCAGCAAGUUCAUGUCUCUGUUCGGAGGGAUUUACGAGGAGCCCAGUCUCGCCGGUAUCAAGAACGAGUCGAGGAACAUCGAGAUGCUGGCGGCGGCCUGCGCCGUGGGCGUGGGCUGCUGCUUCGCCGCCCCCAUCGGAGGAGUGUUGUUCAGUAUUGAAGUAACGUCCACGUUUUUCGCGGUGAGGAACUACUGGAGAGGUUUCUUUGCUGCUACCUUCAGUGCCUUCAUCUUCAGAGUUCUGGCCGUGUGGAACAGGGACGAAGAGACCAUCACGGCCCUUUUUAAAACACGGUUCCGGCUCGACUUCCCCUUUGACCUCCAGGAGCUUCCCGCCUUCGCCGUCAUCGGCAUUGCCAGUGGUUUCGGGGGGGCUUUGUUUGUCUACCUGAACCGGCUGAUUGUCCAGUUCAUCAGGAAACAGAAGGCCAUCAACAGAUUCCUCAUGAAAAAGCGUCUGCUGUACCCGGCGCUCGUCACGCUGCUGAUUUCCACACUAACGUUCCCACCCGGCUUCGGACAGUUCAUGGCAGGCAAGUUGACCCAGAAGGAGUCUCUGGUCACUCUGCUGGACAACCGGACGUGGGCCAAGCAGGGCAUCGCCGAGGACUUCGACUACAUCGGACACUCGCAGGCCUGGACGCACCCGCAGGUCAACGUCUUCGUCACCCUGGUCCUCUUCAUCGUCAUGAAG